GAUAUAUCAAUAUUUUGUGCCGUGGCAGUGCCUCUGCACAGACUUCCGUGAACUACCGUGCAACCAUCUGUGAGCCAUUCAUUCAUUGAUUGCAUGACCACAGCGGCCUCGUCGUCGCCGUCAAAGCCCAUCGCCUGACACAUAGCAAUGUUUGGCUGACCACAACAACUACAACAACGACGUGCUGCCUGCAGAUCCUGUAUUGGUCCCGACAAGGCUGACGGCGACGUUUGGUUCUCUGUAGCACCACGCGCAUAAGCACCAGAGAGGGAGAGAGAGAAAGAGAGAUACCUUGAAGAGAGUGAGGAAGCGAUUUGGAAAAGAGAGAGGGAGCGAGAGAGUGUGUGAUAGCAAGAGAGACAGAGAGAGGGAGAGCGAAAGAGAGAUAGGCAGCUGUAGGGGGCCAAAGUGAGGAUAGAAAGAACAUGGCGCCUGAUAUUGCGACCCUACCGUCAUCACCACGCAAAGUGCCUCCUUCGCAAACUACAACGACCAGUACACCCUCCUCACGACGGACAAGUCAACUCAUGGGACCACCACAACAACCCGCGUCGGCCACAGCAGCACAAAGUGCUCGGAGUCCCGUCAUGUCCAGCAACGAGAACUUGCCCAUGCGCCAUCCACGCCCGUUGACAGCCGCCGAGCUUUAUCUGCAGUGCGAGAAGGAGCAAGAAGCGGUGGUCAAUCGCUUGACCCGCGAGCUCACUGCCCUCCGAGCACAGUCUGCUUCCGUCGCCAGCAAUGCCUCGUCUGCCUCUGCCGUCUCUGCCUCGCUGCUGCCCAUCGAUAUUGGCGACCCAAACCCCAACCACCAGAUGACUGGUGCUACCCAUCCUACUCCUUCUCGUCGCCACCGCUCCUCCUCGUCGGUCAGCACGCGCAGCAUACCGACGCCCUCGACUGCCGGUAGCAACUGGACCAACGCCUCCACCCAGGCACAAGCGGGCGGCACAGCUCCUCUGGGCAGCGUAUCGCAAGCGCAUGCCGACCGAGCGGCUGCUGCCACUGGUGAUCGCGCUACGCUGAGCAGGAACCCGUCGAUGAGCGCUUCAGGCACAUCGACCCCAGCAAGACAGUCACUUGACGUGUCCCGCACCCCAGGCACACACUACACUCUUCCGCACCGGCCUGCGAUAUCCAGAGAUCCUUCGCAAACGUCCCACAUCUCCAUGCAAGCCCAUAGUGGCACUCCCGCCCCCGCCGGAUCAUCUCCUGGAAGUGCCAAUGCAGCAAUGCAGACCCACGCAGAGCCUCCAGCAUAUCGUACCGAAAUGGAGAUUGUCAAAGCGGAGAAUGAAGCUCUGCGUCAACGUGUCCGCGCACUCGAGCGUGCACUCGGCUCCCGCCGACGUGACUCCUCGCAGUCCGAUGCGACCCGUCCAGAUGCUCCCACGGCCAGUGCUCGCGACAAUCUGGCUCGCUAUGAGGCGCCAGCCGAGCGACCCUCUCGAGAUUUCAACCGCAUUCCGUCCUUCACCUCGCCUCCUGCUUCAACUGGUCUCGGGGUCUGGGAUGGCGGUGUGGGUGGAGUAGCGGGCCCAAGAGAGAGAAGCGAGUCCCAGAGCACCACAGCUUCUAGCAGAAGAGCCAUUGGUGUGACUGAUGAUGAGGUCAGAGUGGGCGAGAGCGCAAGCUCGGUCAACAGGAAUGCUUAGAGAGCGCCGAUCCCGAUGUGGAAGCAUAUCAUGUGGUGAGCACGAUGGAGUGCACACUCAUCGCUUCUGAGUGGCAUGCGAAGGAUCACGCUGCUAGUAUUUCGUCACUAGCGAGUGUGAAUGGACAAAUUGUGUGAUUUUCAGCGAGGAGUCAUGGCGACGACAGAUUGGAAUAUGCCUCCACGAGGCUUUGAGUGUAUCUAGAUAUAAAACCCCAC